AGCGUUAAAGUAUUUCCGGGUGAAAGUCCGAUUUCCUUCCAUCCACAUGUGAUUCACGUGUUUACAUAUACAUUUAAUCGGGGUACUAGGUAAGCAACACUGGCUCUUGAAUGCCUUUUUAUUUUUAAGUUAAGUAAGAGCAGUCUUCAGAUAUGGCGUCCAGUGAUGAUGAACCUCAGGAGCGGACUUUAAUUACACAGGAACGAGGUCUCAACUAUAAGUGUCCGGAAGAUUUUGUGCCUUUUUCGUAUGAUCCCUCAACAUCUGCAUUAUUGGACAGUGAUGAAAAUGAGUUAUGGCUCAUCAAAGCUCCAGCUCAUUUUGAUGCAAAAUGCUUUGCAAACCUCAAAGUUCCUUUAUCAGGACUUGAAAUGGUCAGGUCAAAAGGCAAAGCGCCUCAUACCUACAGUGUUCGAAGUAGCAGGAAGGCACCCUCAGAUCUUCACUUGCUCAUUGCCGAUGGGACAAACAAGACCCCUUCCCUCGGUGCCUCUGGUUUUAGUGGUGUCCUCAACAUCUCGGAGAGUUAUAGCAUCUGCAGUGAGAACCAAACCCUGAUACCCAUCCCAACCGCUCCGGCUCCAUGCAUCCCACCCGGCCUUAAGCAACGUUUUCAGCCUUUUGGUAGUUCUGCGCCUCACGUUGAAGGCCAAGGUUCUAAUACAUCACCCAAAAGAACCAGGAUGGAUCCAGAUCUUAGUGAGGAAAGAAGAAAAAAGAAGAAGAAAAAGAAAGACAAGCAUGACGGUGAGAAAACUAGUCAAGAUGUUUUUAUCAAGCAAGAAGAGAUGCAAAUUGAGUGCCAUCAGACACAAUUACCUGAUCAUGUUGAGCAAGAGUCGAAAGAGGAGAGGAGGAAAAAGAAAAAGAUGAAGAAGGAAAAAGAAAGAAGUGAAGAGACAAUUGAUUCUAGUUUAUUACUUAAAACGGAGCCACUGCAUCCUUAUUGUGUAGAUAUUGAUACGCCUGGAAAAACUAAAAAGAAGAAGAAAUCACGAAAUGAAUAGACUGUCAUCAGCUUGUAUUAUCAUAUAUAUUGACAUGUUCACAAA